AUGAAUUUUUUUAGUUGCAAUUGCACAAAUAUUGAACAAGAAUUAGAUAUUAACAAUAGUAAUCUAUACAUAAAAAAAAUCAUUUUACAUUCUAUGGACUAAGACAAGGUUAUUUCCUUAUCUAUUGAAUUAAAUGUUAUUUUAUAAGGAUUCAAGUUGAAUAGAUAAAAGGAUUGUCUUUAUUUAUUAAACCUUAAGAAAUUCAAAGAAGAUAUACAUUACACAUUAACUAAAUUAAAUCCAUAGUUCUAGUAAUAUCUAACAAUAAAUUAUUCUAGAAUACCCCUAAACAAUCAAGAUGAUAGUAUUUAAGAAUUUAAUUUAAAUUUAAACUUAAAUAUUUAUGAAGGAUGUUAUAAAUUAUUAUAUUUGCAAUAAAGAGACUCAUAUUUUUAAAAGCAUGAUUAUAUCUAUGGAGAAUGGGAAAUCAUGGGUUCUACUGAAGAAAUUAAAAUAGAAUUAAUAUGUAAUAUUAUCAUCUAUUAUUUAUUCUUAGAAAAUAAAAAUAAUAAACAUAAUCAUUAAAUUAGAAUUCUUAUGUACUCAAUAAGUAAAACACCUAAACUUUAGAGAAAACGUUGA